AUGGAGGGCACGGAAUACGGUGAACGAGUAAACGGGUUCGCGAAGCCCUAUCCUCCGAGGCCCCGACAGCCCGACCCAGCAGCAGCAGCAGCCCCUCAGUCUCCGAGCGUAGCCGGUCCUGAAGUGUUCUGUGUGCAAGGAGUCAAGGAUAAGGCUCCGUACCGUUUUCUGCAGCAAAAGGUUUGCUCCUAACCUUCUCUGAUUUCCAACGCAUUCAUUGUCUUCAGGUAGAGAUUUCCAAUGUAUCCCUGAAAGAUCGGCGGUUUCAAGUCAAAACGGAAAUCGUUCUGAUGCCCCUCGAACGAUCGAUUCAUCACAUUGAUCUGCACAUCGGACGGCAUCUUUUGCUGCCGAAUCAGGCGUCCGGAGUAUCAGGAAUGGCGGUUACAGUAGAUGGAAUUGAGUGUGCUUACGUUCGAAAAGAUUCUAUUGGAGUAGGUUGGAAAGUUGAGAACCGGUAAAAGAAAGUCAAUUUUCAGGAUGUAGUUAACUCGAGACCGGAAAAGAGCAUUUCGAAUCUGGAGCCGAAAAUUAGUGAAAAGUUAAGGGACGGCGACUAUAAUCUACGCAUAUCAGUCCCAAAAGAUAUCAGAAAACGGUUGAAACAAACGAGGAAGUGCGUGCAAGUACGAAUCGAUGCAAUCGUAGAGAGCCCCGAGAGAGUAAGCUUUAUUCCGUUAGUUUUUGCAGCUGAAAAGUGUAUUUCAGGGUGUGAAGUUUGUCGAUUUCACUGGCGACAGGAGAGACGACGUCCACUUGUACACGUAUCACUCUCCGUACAUUUCGGGAACCAGAGAAUGGGCUCCAUGCCUUGACGAACCGGAUCAGCUCACAAUUUGGGAGCUUAAUUUUGUGCUCGACCCAGAACUUGUUCCGAUCGCAAGUGGAGAACUAGCACACAAAACGGAAAGAAGCGACGGACAGAUCAUGUACACUUUCGUGCAACAAGUACCUACGAGCGCAUGCAAUAUGGGUUGGACAAUCGGAAAGUUCAACUUGGAACCACAUCCAGAGUCGCCGACGGUACGAAUUGAUCGAAUAAGCUCAAACUCGAAAGACCUCUUUUACAGAUAUACACAUUUUCGCUGCCUGACUUGGAACCAUUUGUAAAGCAUACAACUAUGUACCUGGACAAAAUGGUGGAAUUCCUCGAAGAGAAACUCUCGUGCCGCUUUCCGUUUCCAACACUAAAAGUGGUAUUUGUGGAUCAAAGCCCGGACGAGAUCCAAGUGUACAGCUCCCUUCUGAUAGUGCCCACUUCACUGCUGUACCACAAAAAAAUCAUCGACGUUGUGCAGGAAGUGCGACAGAAGCUGAUCUUCGCCAUAGCUCAACAGUUCUUUGGAUGCCUCAUCUCGCCGGCUCAUUGGUGGCACUGGUGGAUUGUGCGAUCGAUUGCGCGCUUCCUGACGAGUUUAUACGUGGAAACGAAACUGGGAACUGCGGAAGCAAGAUGGCAACUGAAGAGGGCAAUGGACGACGUUUGUGACUUCGAGCAUCAAUGGGGAAAGAUCAUUCUGUCGCCAGAUCAGACGGGUGAUGCGAGACUUGCAUUACACGUGGAUUCGAGGCACGAAUACACCGCAUCCCCCCUUUACGUAGAAGCGAUGUUGAAGAAGGGAUUUCUAAUGAUGCGGAUGCUGCAGAAGAGGAUCGGACUCGAGCCGUUCAUGCGGGUGCUGCACAGAGUGCUCACAGUAGCCCUGGACAUGAGCGAGAAGAAAUACAGUCCGCCCGCGUGGAGACAUCUUCUCACGAGCACAGAUCUCUUCUUUCGGACGGUUUGCUCUGUGACCGGACGGGAGAUCCCCUCGUUUUUGGAUCAGUGGGUACGGUCGGGCGGGCACGCCGCCUUCGCUCUCAAGUUUGAUUUCAACCGGAAGAGGAACAUUGUGGAGAUCGAAGUGAAGCAAGAAGUGAGCAACGGAAACGGACGGAUGCCCUACACAGGACCUCUUUCGGUUAUUGUGCAGGAAGUGGACGGCGCCUUUUCGCACACAAUCCAAAUCGACGGGCUGGUCUCGCACGCAGAGAUAUCGUGUCAUUCGAAAGGACGAAAACAGAAGAAGAAGAAAGUACCCAUUUUGACAGGCGAGGAAAUUGAAAUUGAUCUGACUAACAUGGAUGCGGAGUCACCGAUCUUGUGGCUCAGGAUAGAUCACGAUUACCUGCUGAUAAGAGAGAUUUCCAUCAGCCAGCCGAUGUUCCACUGGGAAUACAUGCUCAAAUACGAAAGAGACGUCAUUGCUCAGAUGGAAGCACUCGAACGGAUCCAGUCGCUACCGUCGGCCCUCAGCCGGAGUGUCAUAGUGGACGCCGUCGCCAACGAGCGCUUUUUCUACAGAAUCCGAUGUCGUGCUGCAUUCGUUCUCUCGUCUGUUCUGAAUAGAAAAUCGGAAGCGAUUAUAAUCGGCACUCCAGUUCUGAUCAACAUGUUCCGGUAAAAUCCGAUUCUGUUACUUCGUAUUUUAAUUUCGUGAUUUGCAGGGAAAACUUUGGUUCAAAAGCUGCGACGAACAUUCCGAGAUCGAAUAACUUCGUGGUCACUGCUCAUAAUCUUCAGCAAUAUUUCGUGAUGCAGGCCCUUCCACAGGCAAUAUCGCGUUGUUGCAAACAGGGCGGAGGAUGCCACGACGAAGUGCUUCCCUUCCUUCUGGAUCUUAUCAAAUUCAACGACAACUCGACGAAUCGUUAUUCGGACGACUUCUACCGCGCCGCACUUUACAACUCUCUGGUGGCUUGCAUCCAUCCGAACGAAAGCCUUCCGUUCCGAGUCGAUCUGCCCGAGAACCUCAGCACAGAAUACCGCAUUCUCAUCAAAGAAUUCACAUACGCACUCAACAUGGACACCGUCAAUCCCAGCUACGGUCGAAUUGUCGGAAUCGCCGCGCUCAGCGGACUGUACCAGAUGCAAAAAUGCGGUUAUCUUCCACUCGACUCGAAUCUUCUGUGGACGUUCGCCCACCGGAAUGCGUGCGUUCAAAUGAGACGUUGCGCAGUUACCCUGUUGGUCGAUCGGGUUGCAAACGACAUCCACGCAGCAGAGACACAGCGGGCAGAUUUGAUGAGACUUCUAGAGUUGGCUGAAAGUGACGAGGAUCCCUCGAUCCGCAUUCUCAUUCCCAAGUUGUUCGCUCAAACUCCUCCGUUCAAACAUACAGAAAAGUUAGUUUAUUCAAUUAAAUUCAAACCAUAUAACUCUCUUUACAGCACAAAAUUCGGAAACAAGUUGGUAUGCAAUUCAGCAGAAGUCGCGGAGAAAAUAUGGAGUCUGUGCACAAACGUAAACAUAGACGGCUGUGUGCGAAGCGGAUUUCUCGACGUCUACUAUUCCAUGUACGCUCUCGGAAUCCCGCCCGCAUUGAACGGCCCCGAGGAGGCUGCAGGACAGCACCGCUGCUUUGUCACAGUCCCGAAUGCAGCAAAUACUCUUUCUACGUCGCAAUGGCAUAAUAGUGGAUACGAAGCGGCGAGGAGGUCUCCGCCACGGAAAGAUUUCGGCGAUGAGAUCAUGAAUCUGAUGCACUAA